AGAGUGGGAAAGAGAGACAAAAGGGAAGGAGAGAAAGAAAGAACAAGAGGAAGGAGCAAGGGAGUGACCGUCGAGGAUGACCGCGAAGACGACGUUCGAGCCGGCGGAGGUACCCUCGUUCGACGUGCCGUCGCUGCUGGACGUCACCUCGACCGAGGAGGACUCCUGCGCCAACGGCACCGCCGUUAAUGCCGUGGAGGUUGGCAGUUGGCCGGUCAUGUCGUUGGCGAUCUUGAAGGGCUGCAUCCUCGGUUCGAUCAUCGCCACGGCCCUCUUUGGCAAUCUCCUGGUGAUGGUGUCGGUGAUGCGGCACAGGAAGCUGCGCAUCAUCACCAACUACUUUGUCGUCUCAUUAGCGCUCGCGGACAUGUUGGUCGCGAUGUUCGCGAUGACGUUCAACGCGAGCGUGCAGGUGACCGGGCGAUGGCUCUUCGGCUACUUUAUGUGCGACGUGUGGAACUCCCUGGACGUCUACUUCAGCACCAGCUCGAUACUCCAUCUGAUGUGCAUUUCGGUGGAUCGUUACUACGCGAUCGUCAAGCCGCUCAAGUAUCCCAUUAACAUGACAAAGCGAGUGGUGGCGUUCAUGCUGCUCGCCUGUUGGCUCUCGCCGGCCAUCAUUUCUUUCGUGCCAAUUUUCUACGGCUGGGACACCACCGCCGAGAACAGCGUGCACCGUCACAAGCACCCCGAACUGUGCGAGUUCAAAGUCAACAAGAUCUACGCGAUACUGUCGUCGAGUAUAUCCUUCUGGAUACCGUGCACCAUCAUGACAGUCACGUAUUACGCGAUAUUCCGCGAGGCGAAUCGUCAAGAGAAGCAGAUGCACAGCAGGAUGGGCAACGCCAUGCUGCUCAGCCACCGGCCGAGCAAGGAUCUCAAUAAUCUCAACGGCGAGCUCAACAGCGGCGGUUCCUCAAAAACACUCACCCUCAACGAGAUCAACACCGAUCACCUGCACACUCCCACCAAGGACAAAAACAUGAUGAAAAUGAAGAGGGAGCACAAGGCGGCGAGGACGUUGAGUAUCAUCAUGGGUACCUUCAUCCUCUGCUGGCUGCCAUUUUUUCUCUGGUACGUCAGUACGGCGCUGUGCGGCGAGAGCUGUCCGUGCCCCGACAUCGUGAUCGCGAUCCUCUUCUGGAUCGGAUACACGAAUUCAGCGUUGAACCCACUGAUAUACGCGUACUUUAACCGCGACUUUCGGGAAGCGUUCAAAAACACCCUGCAGUGCGCCUUCUGCUCGCUCUGCAGACGGGAGCCGUCCGACCUCGAAGCGCUGGACUUCCGUCGGCCAUCCCUCAGGUACGAUCUGGUCUGACACAUCGAGAUACGACGAUCGAACUAAGAGCAUAUACUCCGAGACGUACAUGAAGCACAUCGACCGACGAAGAUCGAGCGAGUUCGGAAGCAGUCUCUGAGACGAGACUGUGUUUAGAUUUUAAGAGCAUGUACGAGUACAAGAAGAAAAACACGCAUCUACAUAGAGCGACACAUGCAUACGUACAUGUAUACACACACAUACACACACACACACACACACACACACGUGCUGCGCGCGCACCAAUGAACCAAACAUAUUCGUUAACGUGUAACACGAUUCUCUGUCCCGCCGAGACAUCCUCCGCCACUUUUUUGCCAAAUAGACGAGAACGAAGGCGACGAAAGGAGAGAUUCUACCGACUUUCUCACGCGCUCACUCACCCCGGAUUUGAUCCCGCGAACACACACACACACACACACACACACACACAUACAACAUACAUAUACGUCGCGUAUUGCCAAAGCUAGAUUUUUAAGCAAGUUUCGCGUAAGCGCCGUUGCACGAGAGGAAGCGCGUUGCGUGAGGAUCAAUAAAAUCGUGCCCUGCGGAGGAAGCGGAAGAGGAGCUUCCGACCGAAUGGCGAAAGCAUCGGCCGGCCGUUGCGGGAAGAGAGGUUCGCUUGCUCACCCGCUCCUUACGGAUAUCCUGGCAGGAUACUCGACUGAAUAUAACUCGGAGGAAGCCAACGACGACGACGGAGAGCUCGGGGCGGUCGGUCCCGUAAAUCUCUUAAUGUACUUCCUUGGUCAAGGCCGAAGUUGUGUAGUUGCGGCGUCUCUUUGAUCGCGAGUUUUGCGAACAUUUCGACUCGACAGAGAGAGAGAGAGAGAAAGAGAGAGAGAGAGAGAGAGAGAGAGAGGGAGAGAGAGAGAGGGAGAGAUAGAGAGAAACUACCACCGCGCGUUUAAGUCGGCCGGAAGCGAGCCACGUGUUAAAUUCUCUCGGCAUCGCCGUCGAGGAACGAUUUAAUUCGACUAGUUGCGAGACAUGAGCGUCCCGCGGGACGGUCUCCGGACGAUUUCAGGAAGCGCACUUUGCACCACUUUGGGAAACGUUUCUUCACAGAUGUUGCGGCCGUUUUGUCGCAGCACCCGGCGUUAGCGACGCGUCAAAAGUGCGUUUAACGAUCGGACCGAGUUAUCAUUGGAAAUGAGUCGGUCGGAAUUUCUUUUCUUUUUCAAUCAAACGCCAUCUCCGACGCGAGGAUGCUCCGUUGAUUUUGGCCUCAUAAUCGUUUGCCGGCGUGCGCUUUAAGUCGAUGUUAAGUGGCUGAUCGUGCCCUUGAUAAGCACGAUGACGCGAGCAAUGUGCUCCACCAAAGAAACAAACGAGAGAGCCGUCACACGCUCGUAGAAUCGAUCGGUUUCCAAAUCUGGCGAAUUUUGCGCAGAAACAAAAAAAAAAAGAGAGAACAAAAGAGACAGGCAAAAGAGAGAAUCACCUCCGACAGAGUCGACAUUCGUUCGCAAAUUGGCUGUGAAUUCGAAAACUUGAGCGCGCGAUGUGUCGUUAUACUGUACGUGUCGUAAUCACGUGAAACAGGAGGAUUGUAAUCUGCUAAUUGUAGUUCAAUCGUCGUGUGUGCUACUCGCGUUAGUCAAGCGACUUCGUCUCUACUCUCACUCGUAGUCGCAAAGUUACCACCAAUUCCGCUCGUAAUUGCGCCGCAGUCUCAAAUUCCCGACGUCGCGGAGACGUUCGUCUCGUCGGCAUCGGCACUUGGAAAUUAGCGCGACGAUAACCGCGCAAAGGCAUUCGCGCGGUCGACCGCAGGUCUCACGAGGAUCGACGGCACCCCGGGAGACUUUCUCGCACUCUCCCAGCCGGUGCAUGCUUUCCGCUUAA